UUUUUUUUCAUUUGUGUUACAGGUAUUGAUUUCAAGAUUCGAACUAUUGAAUUGGAUGGCAAGAAGAUCAAGCUUCAGAUAUGGGACACAGCUGGUCAGGAACGUUUCCGCACCAUCACCACUGCCUACUAUCGAGGAGCCAUGGGGAUUAUGCUUGUUUAUGACAUUACAAAUGAGAAGAGCUUUGAUAAUAUUAAAAACUGGAUACGGAACAUAGAAGAACAUGCAUCGGCAGAUGUAGAGAAGAUGAUCUUGGGAAAUAAAUGUGAUGUAAAUGACAAGAGACAGGUUUCCAGAGACAGAGGAGAGCAGCUGGCCAUAGAAUAUGGGAUUAAAUUUAUGGAAACAUCAGCUAAAGCAUCAAUUAAUGUAGAAGAGGCAUUCUUUACUCUUGCUCGGGACAUUAAAGCCAAAAUGGAGAAAAAAUUGGAAGCAAGUAACCCGCCCAAGGGUGGCCACACAAUCAAGCCCAAUGAACCUCCACGCAAAUCUAUCAGCAGUUGGUUAGCUAAGUGUACAAUCCUAUGAUCUCACUUGCAGUGUUUUAUAGUCUCAUUGUGGCCAUUCUCUGGCCUUGCCCAUCAAGGCUGAGGUAUGGACAAGAAAUGUAUGAGUAAGUGUGAUUUUCCUGUGAUUGUUGCAACUCUGAUGAGGGCAAACUGUAAACUUUCUACAUUCAGAUGAAAUUGUUGAAGGUAUCUGGCCAGAGCAGUGAUUUCACGUCGAUGACAUCUGAUCUACCAGUUGAAUAGCGCUCUCCUUGUUGGCACAUAAUAAGCCAAAUAUAAUAAUAGUUAUUAGAAAGCUUUGUGAUACUGCAUUCUGAUUGUUAUUGAAGUACAUGUAUAUGAUGACACGAUGUAAGUUAUGACCAAAAUUGAACUAAUAUUUCCAGUUGCCACAAUAUCUUUAGUACUAAUGUCAACUAUUUUUAUGUCAGUAUCUCUUCCUGCUAUGCAUCUGUGAUUGUAGCAUUGUGUAUGUGACCUCCUAGUAAUGUAUUCUGUACCUGGUAGGUUUAUAUCACUAUGUUUGUAGAACUCAACCUCCACUCCUCAUUACUUUCACUAGGAACCUAAAUAUUUCAAUCACAGAAAUGAUGCAUACAGCACAAUAUCCAUCCAUAAGUACAUGAUGUCAUAAAGUGAUCUACGUCUUAACUCUAUAGUGCUCCUCAGAUUCCCUGUAUAGUUAGUUUUAAUGUCCAGUGAUCAUUUGUUUUUAAUUAUUAAUUUAUAUUGAUUACUGCUAAUUUGUUAAAAGAUUUAUAAAUGGCAAUCACAUAAACUAAGUGUUUGAGAGUGUUUCUAAAUUUACUAAAUAAAUUAAUUUCAUCGUGAAGUAUGUGGUUAUGAAAAAUUUUGUACGUGAUCUUGCAGACAAGAUGUCCAGGUACUGUAACUUAAUAGUCUCUGCAGAAGACCAUAAGGACAGGACUUCCCUAUAAUUAGUGUCAUACACAGCCUGGGGAAUGGGAAAUGAUCUGCUUAGAUCCAAGGAAGGGGAGAGAGACUUCAAUUCCUUGGAUCAAGAGCCCUUUUUCUGGCAUGAUGGCACCCCUUCCUCCUCCCCUUGAAGGGUGAGGCUUCCAAAAAUGUGAAUGUGACACACAUGCUGGAGAUUUGUGUUGAUGGUACAGUGCUGUACAACAAAUUGACAUGGUACAAUCAUUGCACUUGUAUGAUGCCAAUUGUCUUUAUGCUGAUUCUUUUGUAUUCUUAAACAUACCAGUUAAAUAUUGAUGGAUUUGUUUUCAAUACGUCUUGUGUUCUUUUGUUGUUGGGUUUUGUUUGAGUUUAUUUCAGGCUUUGUGAUGAGCCUGUUCAUUCCACUUACUCAAGUAUUAGGAAUCUUAAAUGCAGAUUUUAUCCUUUUUUUUCACAGCAGAUUUAAGUCAGGAUAAUGCAGUCAUAUCUUGCACAUCCAGGGCAAUUGACACUCAAGACACUCAAUCCACUAUUCACAACCUACCAGUCUUUCACAGGGCAGGCCAUUUCUUGGCAUAUUUUCCAGUACUCUCUCCAAAAUGCUGAAUAAGUAAUUCAUUUGUUAAUACAUCAGCUGUAUCCCAACUGGCAUUUCAGUCACCACUUACAACAAGCAUGGCUUACAGAGGAAGGAUUUAUUUCCACUUCCCCCAUGAAGAAUAAAUAAUUCUUGUGGGUCAUUCAGCACAAGACAUAGUGUAGGCUCGAUCCUCUGUUUGCUGAGUGCAAGACGGACAUGCUUCCUAGUUUUACUUACUGAGAUCUAUAACUCUGAAGUUGCUGGCAACAACAUUUGCCUGAAUUAGAAGAGCACAACUCAUUGUUUUCCAUCAAACUUCAGUUGAGUUCCUGCCCAUUUUUCACCGAUGUUGGGUAUGGGAAAUCGGAGUUACAUGAUUACAUAUCAGACAGAUGACUCACACAUGGAUACCACACGGAGAGAUGGCCAGCACCUUGCCAUGAAGAAUGCCAGACCAGUGAAACAUAUUUCGCAGUAUCUUAGUUGCUGUCCCAUCAAAGAACACGUAACAUUCACUUUCAACAUUUACAUUGUCCUAACGUGUUCAAUAACUGAUAUACUCCCCCAGCUUCCUAUUUUCAGUGUAAACACACUCUGGCUUUUUAACAGAAAUUAACCUUUUGCAUUGACUCUGACAUUAAUCUUGCAUAAAUACUAACUCCCAGUUCCAUUAACCUCUGACCAUACACAUCAUUCCAGAGAGCUGUGUAGUAAGUUUUUGCAUGUCAAAUUUUUUCAAAAUGGUCUAUUUUUCAUUAGCAGUGUAAAUUUUGUUAUGAAAUUAGCACACAACUUACAUGCAGUAAUCUCAACUAUUCUUAAAGGCUGAUAUUUUUCACAUGGACCAUUGUAAUAGAAUUGUUUUCAUUUUACCGUAUUGCUUGUUAGGGUGACCAAAGAAACUCUAACCAUCACUCUUUCAAUAAGGAAGCUAUACAGUCAGAUUGCUCUGUAAAUAUCACAGCUGGUGCUGCUACUCAUUCAAUAGCUAUUUUGUCAAGAGGUACACAUACAUCACAGUUCAAAUGACUCUCCCAAACCCAUCAUUUUCCCAUCCUUCAGAUUGCUGGUGCACUGUACAUCUCACCUCCAGCACUCAAAUCCAGCUGACCAGUCUGAGAGCCUUCAUAAUGAUACCUUCCUCACACUCCAACAACACAUCAAAUCCCCCCAAAUAACCACUCUGAAAGCAGUUUGCUAGUGUGUCUAUCUUGCAAUUAACAGGAGAAGGAUUAAGCCUUCACUACUCAGACGGGUUUAUCGAUUCAUAUAAAUAGAUAUAUUCACUCAGGUAUAACAUACUCACACAUGCCUGGUGGAUACUCUAGCCUCUCCCACUUCCUAUUUCCCUUCCCUCUUACUUUUUCUGGAAUGUCCCCUACACCUGUUUCUAUACAUUCAUACUGAGCACCGAUACCAAAGUGUUGCACUUUUUUGAAAGAAUUUCAACUCUAGAACAAGUAAAAUGAUUAAUAAUUUAGCUAAGCAUUAAUUAUAAACUAGACGUGUGAGGUUACACUGCAUUACUGUAUGAUGAAUGUGCAGGUUAAGCUGCAUUACUUGAUCAUCUGUCUGUAUUAUUGAUGUGUAGGUUAUGUUGAGAAGAAAUUAUCUUAUUUAAAUUGCUGUGAGGUUAUCAGAUUCUUUACCUGCUUGUCGAAUUAUGUAUGGGGCUUUGUUUUUCUUCAAAUUCCAUGUACUCGUACAAGUUUGUAUGUAAAAAAACAGUAUAUACUCUAGUAGUCAUGGUUUGUUGUAUUGGAUGUAGAAUGGAAAGACCAGAAUUGUCAAGGAUAAUGGUAGAUUUUUUUUACUGCCAUAAGAGAAACCCCAUUAAUCCUGAAGCACAAGCUUCAGCCAUUACUUGAUUCUGUGUUAUAUUAAAGCUCUAAUGUGUGUUCUUGCUCUACUUGUUGCUGACAUCCAAGUUUAUUUUGAAUUCAUUGUAAACUGCUCUUAUUAUGGUAGUCACAAGAAAGCGCUAACCCUGCUUGGCUCAUGCAGAACUACGCUCAUUGUAAAGCUUAGGGAGAAAAACUUAUUUUGUUACAAAAAUUAAUGUUUAAAGAUAAUGAAUAGGAAAGCAAUACAGUAUAUAUAAUUAUGUAUUAUUAUUAUUAUUGUUAUUAUUAUUAUUAUUGCUGUAUUAUUAAUAUAUUCACAAGGAAGCACUAAACCCAUGUGGGUCAUACAGUGUGUAGUAGUGUACAUGUGAAAAAUACAUUGGUGCAUAAAUGUACAUAUCAAGUAUCUCUUAUAUUGUAAUUAUUAUUAUUAUUAAGGCUAACAAUUAUCAUGUAAAAUUUUACAUAAUUUGUAUUUUGAGAUGUUUGUGAAUGAUUUUUUUAUACGUAUUAAAUCAUUGCUCCAAGGUAAUGGUAUGGUUACUAAUUAUUAAUGAGCUUUUUCACUCUAUGAUCUGAGCCUUUCUUAGUUUAUUUAUUUUAUAAACACUGCUAUUUUGUACUAAUAACUACAGAUCACGUUUAUAUUUUGAUAAUGAUAUUAUGUUGCUCUUUGUCAAGCCAUCAUUAAAAAUAACUUGCGUUAUAUGCUCUCUAAUGCUGUAUUCUGUGUUAUCUCAUGUGGAGAAAGAUUACUAUUGUCAUCCCAUGUGGAGAAAGAUUACUAGGUGUCAUACCAUGUGGAGAAAGAUUACUAGGUGUCAACCCAUGUGGAGAAACAUUACUAGGUAUCAUCCCAUGUGGCAAAAGAUUACUUAUGUCAACCCAUGUAGAGAAAGAUUACUGGUGUCAUACCAUGUGGAGAAAGAUUACUAGGUGGAACUAAAAUGUUUGAAUUAAAUAAAGUUUUUGUAUAAGAAGUACUUUAUCAUGGUCCAUUGGACUACAGUUGAAUCUAACCCACAAAAACGUUGUGGAAUCAUUUGAUUUCUACUAACUGUCCAAAUGUAUUUAGUGUAGGAUGCUAUUUGGAUUAGAGAUUGUGACAAAUCACCAUUUUGCGGUGCAUUUGGAAUACGAAAUGAAAUAUGCAAUGGCUCUGUGUAAUCACCUUUACACCUGUGCCUUGAUAAUCCAAGUACCAAGCAGCUCUAAUCCUGAAUCUCCAGAAAUCAUAAUAAUGUCAACUGAAUUAUUUUUAAACAAGUUUAUCUAAAACAUACAGAAUUCUUAGUCUGAAAAAAAAUAUAAAAAAAAAAAAAGUGUUAUAGAUUUCUAGCAUUUCAAUUUUACAUGUGGAUAAUCAAGGUAAAGUUAUUGAUGUACCAAAAACUCUGUCCAUAAUUUUUUAUGUACACCCUACAUAUUGGAAAAUGAAUUGCAGGCACACAACGAGGAAGACAAAAUGUCCUUUAUUCGAGAGGUUUUUAUAGAUUUGUAUAAAUUAAAAAUUUAAGUAGCUUAUUGUAUAUUACUAGAAAUGUAUUUUUUUGUUUUCAGUACAUUACAGUAUAUUGAAAAUUUAAAUAUUGCAGCUGACAUCCAUGACAGUGUGCAGUUUAAGCUUAUUAUCUCGUGAUACAUCUAAAUGUAGGUGAUAUACAUCAACAUGUAGAUAGAUUACAUCUAUAUGUAGAUAAUAUAGAUCAAUAUAAGAAAAUAUACACCUGUCUGUAUGUAAUGUACAUCUGCGUGUUGAUUAUAUACAUCAACCUGUAGAAAAUGAAUAUCUGCCUGAAUAUAAUAUACAUCUACAUGAAAAUAAUAUAUUACAUAUACACAAUAUAUAUUUCUCCCUGUCUCAACAUACUGGCUGUAUCCCACCCAAGCAGGGUGGCAAAAAAAGAAAAACAAAAAGUUUCUCUUCUUAACAUUAGUAAUGCAUACAGGAGAAGGGGUUACUAGCCCCUUGCUCCCACAAUAUUUACAUGUAGAUAAUCCUAGGUAGUAGGUUGGUAGACAGCAACUGCCCAGGGAAGUACUACCGUCCUGCCAAGUGAAUGUAAAAUGAUGGUAGGAUUGCUGGUGUUUUUUCUCUCAUAAACAUGCAAGAUUUCAGGUAUGUCUUGCUACUUCUGCUUACAUUUAGGUCACACUACACAUGCAAGUACAAGCAUAUAUAUACACACCCCUCUGGACUUUCUUUUAUUUUCUUACUAGUUCUUGUUUAUUUCCUCUUAUCUCCAUGGUGAAGUGGAACAGAAUUCUUCCUCCGUAAGCCAUGUGUGUUGUAAGAGGCGACUAAAAUGCCAGGAGCAAGGGUCUGGUGACCCCCUCUCCUGCAUACAUUACUAUAGUUAAGAAAAACUUUUGUUUUUCUUUUUGGGCCACCCUGCUUCAGUGGGAUACGGCCGGUUUGUUGAAAGAAGAACAACAAUAAUGUAGAUAAUAUACAUCUAAAGUACAAUCUACAUUUGCAUGUAGACAAUGUACUUUUACAUAGAUAAUCAACUUGUACACAAAGAUCUACAAGAUAAUCUACAUGUAGAUUACAUUCAUUUACAUAUAGGCAGUGUACUAUUACAAAUAAUGUACAUUUACAUGCUGACUAUAUACUUCUACAUGUAGACUAUGUACUUCUACAUGUAGAUAAUAUACAUCUACAGGAUAAUGUUUACCUUUGUUUAGGUUCAUACAUUACAGUAUGUGUAUGCUGUUUAUGGACUCCAAUUGUAAUGUCAGUGUUGACAUGUUAAGUAUGACAUAACAUGAGUAGGUAGUUUGUGUACAUAGAUUUUCUAUGUGUACCUUGUGUACUGUAAAUGUUCAUCAGAGUAUUUGUUUUCAUUUGUCAUCACUUUUAUAGAUAAUGGAUAACAAAAACUGAAAUAAAAAUCUUAUUGCUGAGGA